UUUUUUUUAACGGUUUUAAACGGCGGUGUCAUAAUCUCAUUAGAUUAUCAAUGCAACGAUAUGCACAAUAUUCUUGCAAAAUAAAUUGAUCGCAUUUUCUCAUCUUCUUGCGUUUUUUCUCUGUUCUCUUCGUUUUUCUAAAUACUUCUCUUUUCUCCUUUCUGCCACCCUCUCACAAUUAUUGAGAGAAUAAUUACACAUUUAGUUGUAUUGUAAGCCAAAAUAAAGAUGACUGUUGACAGCCUUUACAAUCGACCGGGACCAAAUAGUCUCAAGGAAGCAGAAAACUUUUACACCGUCGAUAUAAGGCAAUGCGUUAAACUUCGUAUAUCAAAAGAAGGACCAGGAUCUGAUGAGCCUCUCUCGAUACCUGGACUAUUAAAGCGUACCGUUAACAAUUAUCCUGAUUAUCCAGCUCUUAGAUACCGCUCAGGGAAAAGAGAUUAUCAAACUGUUACGUACAGGCAAUAUGAGCAGAAUGUUUGUCAAAUCGCUAAAGCCUUUAUCAAGUUAGGUUUAGAAGAACAUCAUGCAGUUGGGGUAUUGGCCUUCAAUUGUCCUGAAUGGUUUUAUUCAGCAAUGUCAGCUAUACAUGCUGGCGGUAUUAUAGCCGGCGUUUAUACUACAAAUUCAGCGGAAGCAGUUCAGCAUGUCUUGGAAAACUCGAAUGCUCAAAUUGUGAUCGUAGAUGAUAGCAAACAAAUGGAGAAAAUACACAGCAUCAGGAAUAAACUGCCGAAAUUAAAGAUCGCUGUACAAAUUCAGGAACCCUAUGCUACGUUUAUGCUUAAAGAAAAUGGUUAUUUUCGAUGGUCUGAAUUGGAAUCAAUGAAUGUUGCUGAUGUGGAACAUGAGUAUCAGAGACGUUUGGAAAAUAUAGCCAUUAAUGAGUGUUGUUGUUUGGUCUAUACGUCUGGUACUGUUGGUAUGCCGAAGGGGGUUAUGCUUAGUCAUGAUAAUAUUACAUACGAUAGCCGUGUCAUACUUAAGUCAUUGGAACGUGUGAUUAUUGGCGCUGAAGUAUUGGUCUCUUAUCUGCCGUUAUCUCAUGUAGCUGCUCAAACUUCUGAUAUAUACACAAUGGCUAUGGUUGCUGGUUGCGUUUAUUUUGCCGAUAAAGAUGCUUUAAAAGGAACACUGGUUAAGACGUUACAAGAUGCUCGUCCCACAAGAUUUAUGGGUGUACCACGUGUUUAUGAAAAAUUUCAAGAACGCAUGGUUACUGUCUCUGACGCUAGUGGCAGUUUAAAACGUAUGUUAGCUAGUUGGGCUAAGGGUGUGACGUUGAAGCAUUACAUGCAGAGUCAAGGAAAAAUUAGUGAUUUCCGCUACAAGAUUGCGAAAUCCUUAAUUAUGUCCAAAGUUAAAUAUGCUUUGGGAUUAGACCGUGCAAUAAGCUUGGUUAGUGCGGCGGCUCCUAUGUCGCCAGAAACGAAAAAAUACUUUUUAAGUUUGGAUAUGAAGAUUUUGGAUGCUUUCGGGAUGAGUGAAACGGCUGGAUGUCAUUGUUUAUGUUUGGCUGACGCAGUCGUAUUGAAUUCGAUCGGUAAAACGUUACCGGGCUGCGAAACGAAAAUCAUUAAUAAAGAUGAAAAAGGUCAUGGUGAGAUCUGUAUACGAGGUCGCCAUGUUUUUAUGGGCUACAUUGAUAAUAAAGAGAAAACGUUAGAAGCUUUGGAUGAUGACGGUUGGUUACAUUCCGGUGAUGUCGGUUAUAUUGAUGACAAAGGUUAUACUUAUAUAACGGGAAGAUCAAAAGAGAUAAUUAUAACCGCUGGCGGUGAAAAUAUCCCACCUAUACAUAUAGAGAAUUUAAUAAAAAAAGAAUUGGACGCUAUAUCAAAUGCCGUACUAGUUGGAGAUCAACGUAAAUAUCUAACGGUUCUGUUAACCAUCAAAACCGAAAUGGACAAAGAUAGUGGAGCACCUUUAGACGAACUCAGUUAUGAGUCUUUAACGUGGAUGAAAUCAUUAGGUGUUAAUUAUACUACCUUAACGGAAAUUUUACGAGCUGAUGCAUCUCCAAAAAUUAGUCAAUCUAUUGAAGAAGCUGUUAAGCGCGCUAAUAAAAAUUCUAUUUCUAAUGCCCAAAGAGUACAAAAGUUUACCAUACUACCACAUGAUUUUUCCAUACCCACGGGCGAACUCGGGCCAACCCUCAAAAUAAAGCGUAAUGUAGUCCUAAAACGUUAUAAUGGAUUAAUAGAAAAAAUGUAUUUGGAGUAAAAGAAGAAGGAAACCCCGUUAUUCUAUUAACACCUAGAAUCCAAAACCAAAGUUAUAAUUUCAACAAGGGAUGGUCGCGAGAAAAACAAAAGUAGAAAAAUAAAAUGCUUUCACUGUCUCUUUCUUUGAGAAUUGAAGAUUUUCCUUUGAGCUGCCUUUUCCUUUCCAUAAAAGUCAAUUCUGCCACAAGCCAAUUAUUAAAAUCAAUAAAAAUUGCAAAACUUCUAAAGCUUAAAAAGCUUCGCUUUUAAAUGCGAAAAGUUUAAAAAGUCAUGCCUCUGCUGACGUAAAUAAACGACUGACAAUUUCUUAUACAUAAAUUCUUUUUUUUUGUGCGUAUUUCUCACGUCUGGUUAUAAUGUACAGCUACACAAAGAAAUACUAACAUAAUUCUGCAUAAUAUAGCAGUAAUAGCAGCCUAAGGCAAUUACAACAACAGAAAGUCUGUCUCGUCGCACUACAUCGGCCAGCAGACAGAAUAAAUUUUAAUUUAUAUACAAACUUAACAAGAUUGAAAACCAGGCGUACAGAAUAUUUAAUGUGUACAUGUUUGGUAAACAUCGCAUGGAUUCAAUGGAACACAUGUUAAACACGCCAAAUCAACGUACAGAUAGAUGUGCAUAUGUAAACACCGUUGUAUAUACGUAUUUCUCUGUAUGUAUAUGCAGUCAGUAUUAAAAUAUAAAACUCAUAUAAUCAUUUGUAUAU